CUCCAGCACGCCCGCGUCGGGGGCGGAGGUAGGCGUGCCGGCGCGUGUGGAAGGAGGAGUCUCCCAAUUCGGUCUCGGCCCGCCAGCUGCGCGCCCUGAGUCCGCUGCGUCUCCUCCCGCCCCCUGGAAGCGCGCUGCGAGCGGAGCCCAGCGGAGCAGAGCUGAGCGCCCUGGCGCUAUGGGGAGCCCCGCGCUGCUGCCGCUGCUGCUACUGUUCCUGCCGUUCGUCCAGCCGAGCCACGGCUUCCCAGGAUCGGGAGACUCAGCGCUAGAAGACGAUGGAGGCGGGUAUUCACACGCUAGAUAUAAAGACACCCCGUGGUGCUCCCCCAUCAAGGUGAAGUAUGGGGAUGUGUACUGCAGGGCCCCGCUUGGGGCCUACUACAAGACAGCCCUGGGCGCCAGGUGUGACAUCCGCUGUCAGAAGGGCUACGAGCUGCAGGGCUCCUCGCAGCUCAUCUGCCAGUCCAACAAGCGCUGGUCCGACAAGGUCAUAUGCAAGCAAAAGCGCUGUUCUCCUCUUGCCAUGCCAGCAAACGGAGGCUUCAAGUGCGUGGAUGGCGCCUACUUUAACUCCCGCUGUGAGUACUACUGCUCGCCGGGCUACACGCUGAAGGGGGAGCGCACAGUCACCUGCAUGGACAGCAAGGCCUGGAGCGGCCGGCCAGCCUCCUGUGUGGAUAUGGAACCUCCCCGAAUCAAGUGCCCAAGUGUGAAGGAACGCAUUGCUGAGCCCAAUAAGCUGACAGUCCGGGUGAACUGGGAGACCCCCGAGGGAAGAGACACAGCAGAUGGCAUUCUAACAGAUGUUAUUCUAAAGGGCCUCCCCCCAGGCUCGAAUUUUCCAGAGGGAGACCACAGGAUCCAGUACACUGUCUAUGACAGAGCGGAGAACAAAGGCACUUGUAAAUUUCGAGUUAAAGUAAGAGUCAGACGCUGUGGCAAACUCAACGCCCCGGAGAAUGGCUACAUGAAGUGCUCCAGUGAUGGGGACAACUAUGGGGCCACCUGCGAGUUCUCCUGCAUUGGGGGCUACGAGCUGCAGGGCAGCCCCGCCCGAGUGUGUCAGUCCAACCUGGCAUGGUCAGGCACAGAGCCCACCUGUGCAGCCAUGAAUGUCAACGUGGGGGUCAGAUCAGCAGCUGCUCUUCUGGACCAGUUUUAUGAGAAAAGGAGACUCCUCAUUGUGUCCACACCCACAGCCCGAAACCUUCUCUACCGGCUGCAGCUGGGAAUGUUGCAGCAAGCACAGUGUGGUCUGGAUCUUCGACACAUCACCGUGGUAGAGCUCGUAGGUGUGUUCCCGACCCUCAUCGGCAGGAUAGGAGCCAAGAUAAUGCCUCCGUCCCUAGCUCUGCAGCUCAGGCUGUUACUUCGAAUCCCCCUCUACUCUUUCAGUAUGGUGCUGGUGGAUAAGCAUGGCAUGGAUAAGGAGCGAUAUGUCUCCCUGGUGACCCCUGUGGCCCUCUUCAACCUCAUUGACACUUUCCCUCUGAGGAAAGAAGAGAUGGUCCUGCAAGCUGAAAUGCGCCAGACCUGUGCCAUCUGAGACGGCUGCCCUCGGCUCCUUCUACUGUGAUGUACAGAUUUUGUAUUUUUAAAGUUAUUUUUUAUUAUGAGCUUCUGUUGUACUUACCAGUGAUAAGUCACUCCAUCAUGGCUGGUCAGUUUUCUCAAAUCUCUGUAUGCUUUCAGUGUGACACAUAACUUUCUUCUAUUUUAUUUUAUAUAUAAAAGUUUUAUAAUAAACUAUUGUGGAGCAAA